UUUCAAGCUUGUAUUACACCAAAGAUUAUAAUCUUAAUCUAGGUUAUAAAAGUAAUAAAAAAUUUACACUCAUUAAAUCAAAAAGCUUAACAAAUAUCCCAGACAUGUCAACCAACAAAGAUGAGAAUUUAGCAACUAACAAUGAGGAGAAAAAGAAGUCUAAAGAAAAGCAAAAUUUUGAAAAUAAAGAAGAUAGCAGUUUAACAUCAUGUGAUUCAAUUGAAAUACCGAUUUGUCAUUACCCUAAGAAUACCACACCCUCAUUAAGGAGUCGAUUGCAAGUUCCCAGAAUCAAUCAUCCAACUUCCGAUGAUGAUUGGUACCACAAAAUAUUUCCUCCACGAUUGAAAGAUUUUAAGAGUAAAAACGGUAAAAAGAUUUGGACUAAAUUGGAAGAGGCUAAAUUGCUUUCCAUGGUGAAUAAACAUGGUCAUAACUGGAAAAGUUUUUGCGGCGAGUUUCCUGGCCGAACUAACGUCGAUCUGAAAGACAAAUGGAGAAAUAUGCUGAAAAAAAAUAUAUGAUUAUUCUUCUUUAAACAUUAACAUUUUAUAAGAAUUUUAAAAUAAAUAUUUGACUAUGUAAAAUUUGAUAAUUAUAAUAAGUUAUAUAUUUUUUUUAAAAAAAGUAACACUGAAGAAUAUUUUUAAAUUUUUUUACAUAAAUAUUGCUUAUGUUUUGGCCAAAAAAAUUUACUGACUUCAUCAAAAGUUCUUUAAGAAAGAAUGAUAUAAAAAGUUUGAUCUAUUUUUGAAAUUCGACCAUCCUCCGCUUCCCCCCUCUCCCCCUUUUUUUUUAGCUUGAGAAAAAUAUUUUGAAAUAUAAUCGGAAUUUUUUUUUACUAUUUUUUUUUACGCGCAAUAAUUUGGAUUUGUAACAAUGGCGCAUGAAUUUGAUUUUUGAUUGAGUGCUGUUUUAUUUAUUUCGA